AUGCGGUGCCACUACCAAAGAACUUUUAACAUCAUGGUGCUGCGUCAGACGACGCUGCCGUCGGUGCCGACGCGCCACCAGACGUUCCAGAGGCAGCUGUCGCACCGGCUGGACCUGCCCAACAUCCAGUUCAGCGUCUGCAGCCUCGGCCCGCGACCCGACACCGGCAUCGGUCUCAUCAAGCCUGAGCUGUACAAGAAGGAGAUGAUGGCCCGCCAGUCUUCCACGGACAGCUCCAGCACCGAGAUGGAGUACUGCGGCAAACUCCACUUCGCCCUCAGAUACGACCAAGACAUCGAGGGGCUCAUAGUGAAGGUGCUGGAGGCUCGCGACCUGCCCGUGAAGGACAUGAUGGGCAGCAGCGACCCAUACGUCAAGGUCUACCUGCUGCCGGACCGCAAGAAGAAGUUCCAGACCAAGGUGCACCGCAAGAACCUCAACCCCAUUUUUAACGAGACCUUCAUCUUUAGUGUUCCGUACGACGACCUCCGCCACCGGUACCUGCAGUUCUCCGUCUACGACUUCGACCGGUUCUCCCGCCACGACCUGAUCGGGCAGGUGGUCCUCAAGGGCCUGCUCGACAGCGUCGACCUCCUGCAGGAGAUGGAGUACACCAUGAACAUCCUCUGCGCGCCGCAGGAGAAGGUGGAUCUGGGCGAGCUGAUGCUGUCGCUGUGCUACCUGCCCACGGCCGGUCGGCUCACCGUCACCAUCAUCAAGGGACGCAACCUCAAGGCCAUGGACAUCACCGGCUCCUCAGAUCCGUACGUCAAAGUGUACCUGCUGUGCGAAGGGAAACGUAUAAAGAAGAAGAAAACAACUGUCAAAAAGGCAACGCUAUGUCCAGUCUACAACGAGGCUCUGGUGUUUGAUGUCCCCGCAGAAAACAUCGAGGACGUGAGCCUCAUUGUCAACGUCAUCGAUUAUGAUAGGAUUGGACCAAAUGAACUCAUGGGUUGUACAGCAAUUGGUGCAAGCUUUAUUGGUGUUGGUCGUGACCACUGGUUGGAGAUGCUUGACAACCCACGAAAGCCUGUAGCUCAGUGGUACCCACUGCUUGAUUCUGUUCCUGGCCAGAUUCCUUCUACUGGACCACACCCAUUGCCAGCAAGUUUCAGCUGUCUCAACAGCAGAUGAAGAGAAAGUCACUAAAAUAAACAUGGCACAGAGGAAAACUGGAUGGAGGUUUGCUCAAAAGAGGUACAUUUCCUGAAGAAGGUAACUGGAUACAUGAUACUGAAAUAAAAACUUAGGUAU